AUGAAUUUACCAAAACUUUCAAGCGAUUUUCAAUCAUUAGUUCAUCGUAUACGAAAUAAUUCAGUUCCAACCCAUUCAGGAUAUAGUUCAAUUUAUUCAAGAUUAAGAUCUCUCGAACAUUUUCCUUUAAAUUGUUUUCAAAAUAAAUAUGCUCUAGCUGAAUGUGGGUUAAAAUAUACAGGAGUAGAAGAUAUCGUCGAAUGCUUUUGCUGUGGACUUAUUCUUCAUAAUUGGAAACGAGAAGAUGACGUUUGGAUUGAACAUUGCAGAUAUAAUCCAAAGUGUAUAUAUGUAU